AUGUAAAAAAAAAUUUACAUAAUAUCCUUUUAAAUAUUAUGCUGCUAUAGCGUUUGUAGCAUAUAUCCAUAAGAUCCUAUAACUUGUGUCUAAUAAACAAGAGAUAAUAAAUGUAAUUGAAAUAAUUUUAUAAAGGCAUGUACAAUGAAUUUCUAAAUUAAUGUGUUGAGACUAAGAACUAAAAUUUAGGCUGUUCAAAUAAUCUAAAUAGAAAUGCUUGUAUUAACCAACUAACUUUUGGUGGAAAUAUUGAGAAGAAAUGUAGAAUAUAAAUUAAUAAUAGGUAUAUUUUAGGCUCGAUGUACAGAAGUAAAAAUAUUUCACCUGAAAAACUUAGGUUGCAAUAACUCAUAUUCAAAAUAUGCUUGCUUAAGUGUAAUAAAUGUUGAUUGUUUUUGGAAUGAAAGUUGUGAAGAUUCUUCAAGAAUAUCAUUUUCAGAUGAAACUUAAGAAAUAUAUCAAUAUCCCGUUACUCCUUAAUUAUGUGCAAAAUAUUAAAAAUAUCCAUGUAAAAGAUACAAAAUAAUUAAGGCAUGAACAAUGGACUAAAAGGAGAUUAUAGAUGUGUUACUAUAUAUGAAAAGUAAUUUAAAGAAUUAAAAUGCUCAGCUUUAGGUUUGAAUGAAUUAGGUUGUAGAUCAAUAAUAACAGAAUAGGAAAUGUGUAAUUUUUUUAAUUAUAGGUCUAGGUUUCUUUGAUAAUUAUUAAUGUAAGAAUGUCAACAUUUUCGCAAUAAUAGAUUGCUCUUAAAAAUUAAAUAAACUAGCUUGUUUAUCCAUUACAAAACAAAAUUUAACUUGUGAAUGGUAAAAUGGAUAAUGUUAACCUUAUAUGAUAAAGGAAAAAAUUUAAUGCCAAGAUAUUAUUAAUGUCAAUGUCAAUGUUUGUGCUAAAUAAGAAGGUCUUUGUAUGUUUGAAGGAACAAGCUUCAAAUGUACAGAAUUAAAGUAUAAUUAGUUAGAAAAUUUGGAUUGUGAUACCCCAGGAAUAACAAAACUUACAUGUUUGUCUAUUAAAAAUAAAUUAUGUAUUUUUUACUAAGGCUAAUGUCAAACUUUAUAAGAUAAAAACCUGAAUUAAUAUCAAUGUUCAAUGUAAUUAAAUUAAGCAGCCUGUAUUAAUAUAACAACAAAAGGUUAAUAUUGUCUAUGGGAUGGAAAAGAAUGUUAAAAUGUUGAAAUUAAUCAAGAUUUAGAUUGUCAUUUGUUUGAUAAAUUUUAAGUAAAUGGUAAUGUCUGCCAAGCAAUAAUAAAACCAAAUUAAUUAUGUAAAUAUAAUGAAAUAACGAAAAUUUGUGUUGAAAGCUCAUCAAAUGAUUACUGUAUUACACCAUAUUUAAAUUUAUUUGGAUGUGUUGGUAUAAUUAGGGAAGGUUAAACUUGUAAAUGGGUAGAUUCAGUUUGUUAACAAGUUGUAAUAAUUCCAUUUGAAACAACUUGCAGCAGCUUAAAAUAUGCAAAUUAUUAAGCCUGCUCCCAAAGCUUUGAAAGUCUUAAUAUUGGUUGCUAUUUUGAUGAUUAAAUAUCUCAAUGUGUAGCUUUAUAAAUUAACAACAAAAAUUUAGAGGAAAAAUAAAAAGCUGAUUAAUUUUUAGCAUCAGUGACUUGUUUUAAUAAAUCUUUAGGAUUAAAUAAAACUAUUUGUGGUGCAAUAACAACAGAUAAUACUUUUUGUAGAUGGCAUCAAAAUAUUUGUAAACCAGUAGAAAAAAAUGAUAUUUUAAAUGUCCCUUGUAUUGAUUUAAAGUUUGCAAAUCAAUACACUUGUGCUUUAACAAAAUAUAAUAAUGAAUUCUGUAGAUAUUUUAGAGAUGAAAAUGGAUGUAUUAAUUAAUUGAAUUAAGAAUUGAGAUGCCUUGAUCCUGGGCUUAAUAUAAUAAGUUGUACAUAAGCAAAAGAUAAUUGUUACUUUGAGAAUAAUAGAUGCAGAAAUCUUGGAGAAAUUUCAUCUUAAAUAAAUCCUGCUGAUUAAAUCAUUUUAUAGAAUUUAGAGUGCUUAGCUAAUUCUCCAACUAAACCAGUUUGUUUAGCAAUCUUAACUAAAGGUUAAUUGUGUUAGUGGUCUAAUAAAAAUCAACAAUGUUCUGAAAUUUUAAUACUUCCAAAUAAAAGAUGCUCCGAUUUUUAAUCUUUUUAAGUUAAUGCUAAUGUUUGUGCUUCAAUUAUAAUGGAUAAUCCAAAUAAUAUCAUAUUAAAUAAAGAAUAAUCUUUUGAAGAGUGGAAUCCUGGUUUUUGUGAAUAUGAUAGAUCUAAGAACAAUUGCAAGGUCAAAGAGAAGGAUUGUACUGAUAAAUGUUGUACAUCAAAUGAAGAAAUAGGAAUAAAUGCACAUUCAUGUAGCAGAUUCUCUAGUCAAGAACCUGGAAUAUAUUGUUAUUUUAAAAACUAUAGAUGUUAAGAACUAACAAAUUUAGAUGUGGAUAUAACUGAUCCUUUUAGUGUAAAGAUUUACUAUAAUGUAAAUUAAUUCACAUGUGCUCAAAUGAAUAAGAAUUCUUGUCAUAUGAUAGAAUGGUCGAUUACUUAAACUUGUUAUUAUAAUGGAUAUGCUUGUGUAAGUUUGGACAUGAAAGAUUAGAAGGACUUAAUAGAAUUUACAAAACCUUCUGCUAUUCUAAAUGUUUGGGCUUGCUUAUCUAUUGAAGCAAUCAAUAGUGAAGAUCCAUCUAAAAAAUAUUUUGUGUAUAAUCAGUAAGGCAGAAACUGUAAGCUAUUACAGAAACUAGAGCCAGAAAAUGAAUAUCCAAAAUAUAAUAUCUGUGAAAAUGUAAUAGGAAAUUCAAAUAUUUGCUUGGGUCUUACACCUAAUCUAUAUUGUAAAUGGGAUAAGAUUAAACUAAAAUGUGUUACAAUAACAUAAGAUUAAUAGUAGGAAAUUGUAGAUUGUAAUUCAUAUCAAAAUAUAAGAUCUUGUAUAGAAAAUCAAUAUUCAGCUUGCUAAUUUUCUCUUGAAUUAGAUAAAUGUAUUGAUGCACCUUUAAAUUAAGAAUGCUCUUAUUUUAAUAAUACAGGCUAAGUAAGCCAGAAGACAUGUUCUCUAAUUAAUAAACAAGGUUAAAUAUGUGAAUUUAAGGAUAACUAUUGCGUUAGUUCUUUUUAAGCAGUUUAAGGCUGUAAUUUAAAUGGAAUUAAUAAAAGAGGUUGCUUUAAAAAUACGAAAGGAAAUUGCAGAUGGGAUGAUUAAUCUGGUAAUUGUUAUGAGAAUAGAACAGCUUUAGAAGAAUUAGAAUGUAAUAGCAAUCUUAAUUAAAUUUUAUGUAUGAAGGUGACUAAGUAACCUUGCAUGUGGAAUGAAAAUCAUUUUUAAUGUGUUUAUUUUAAUUAGAUGACUCAUGAUUAAUAUUAACAAUAAAAUCCUGAUAAUUAAUAUAAUGAAUGGGCUUGUACUUUAAUUAUUGGUUUAGGUUACACUUAUGAUGCUUAAAAUCAUAAAUGUAAAUUAUUAAAAGAUAAAGAUAAUUAUCGAUGUUAAGAUAUUUAAAUGAAUAAUUAUGCUUGUUAAUUUUUAACAAAAGGUAAUAAGUGUUAUUUUGAUAAUAAUGAAAUUCCUCCAAAAAAGAAAUGUAAGAUAUUCGAUAUGGAUUAAAGUAUUUGUACCACUAAUAUUGCUAUAAAUAUUGAUGUUUGUAUGGAUAUACCGAAAUCAUGUAAAUUCUCUGUUAAGACUUUAACUUGUUAGGCAUUAAUAGUGAAAGAAGAAGAAACUUGUUUAGAUUUAUAAAAUUUUAAAAUGAGAGGGGAAUAUGUUAAUAAAUUAGGAUGUUCUUCUAUAUCCGAUACGAUUGAAGGUAAUGAUGGAGAUUUACAAUGCUUUGAAACUGAUGAAUUUAAAUAAUAAUGUAAUUAUUUAAAAUUCUGUUUAUGGAAAGAUUAUACAUGCAAAGUUAGCUAACAAUAAAUACAUGUAUUUGAUAAAAUGCAUUAUGAAAUUAGCAAUUAAUCAUUUUGGAUGUUUUAGACACAUAAUUGUACAAAUGAAACUCUAUGUGGAUUUUAUGUAAAAUAGGAAGAAAGUUAAGAAAAUAAUACAAAAUAUCCUGGUAUAACGGGUAAUUUAACUUGUGGAGAUGGAAGAUGUGAUUACACAAAUGAAAGAUGUUCUUAAAAUGAUGAUUGCUUAGAGAUAUAUAUUGAAAGUUUGAAAAUUAUGGAAAACGGAUCAAUUAAAUAACCAGUUAGAUAAAAUUAAACCUGUUAAUAAUAUUGUUUUUAAUAACAUUUGAAACAAAAUUAUACAGAUAAACCUCCAUUACAAGUCAUAUAGCCAGCUUAAACAUAAAAUUAAACUUGUAGAGGAAUUUGUAGUAAAACAACUACACAAAGCUGUGAUACUGCAGAUUAAUGUAAUUUUAGUAAUGAAAUUAAAGAAGAUUGUAUAUCUUAUUCGUGUUCUUAUAGCAAAGAAUUUUGCAAAAAUGAUGAUGAUUGUAAACCUUAUAUUGCAAUUUCUUGGAAAACUGUAUAAGCUACAUUAAAUUAAAAAAAAGUUUAUAAAAUGAUUGAAAUAUGUAAAGGUUUCUAUUACCUUUAAUUAAAAUGCUAAAAUAUUUUUUCUAAAGCCCUUUGUCUUCAAAUGACAAAUUAAUAAUGUUAUUUUGAUUUAAAUUAAGGAGGCUGCAUUUAACUUGAGGGAAAUGAACAUAAAGUUCCAAAUUGUAAUAGUAUUUUAAAUACAUAAAUCCCUACUAAUCAAUGCGACAAUUUUUCAAAUAUAUGCAAAUUCAGUGGCCAACCUAAUAAUGAAUAUAGAAACACUUGUCAAGCAGUAUCUUAAAAAUAAUUACGUUGCAAGGAUGAUAUAGAAUAAAACGUUACAGAUAGUACCUGUCCUUCAAUUACUAGAAAGUUUAAAGGUUGCAUCAAUGAAAUAAAUAAAUUAGAGCCUUAUUUUUGUGCUAGCAUAACUAAUCAUUCUAUAUUUACAUGUGCAGGAGCUGCUGAUAAAUGCAGAUUUUUUAAGGAUAGUUGUAUAUCAUAUUUAGAUAAUAAUCAAUGCAUUUGUGAUAGGUCUUAUAGUAAAUCUUUAUGUGAGGAAUGUGAAUGCGUUUAUGAUUUAUUAGGAUAUUGUUAAAAGAAUAAUUUACCUCCAUAAGAAUUAAAGGAUAAAUCAAAUAAAUAUUAUUUGUGUUAUGAAGUAAAUUUAUUAGCAACUGAUCCAGAAAAUAUCAAAAUAGCUUGUGGACUGGUCUAAUAAGCUUGUAGAUAUUCUAUGAAAUGUGAAGAUGCAACACAUUAUACUUGUGAUUAUCUUUUAAAUUUUGUUGUUUCUCAAAAAGCUUGCACUAGAUGUGAGGGAUUAUCAAUGAAAUAUUAUAAAACCUAAUAUUGUAAAAUUUUGGAUUUGGAUAUAGAAUCUUGUUAUUUAUUAAAUAGAUAGGGAUGCUUAUAAAAAACAAAAGGAAUAAUGUGUAAAUGGGAAGAUUAUGAAUGCAAGGAAAUAACAUAAAUAACAGGUUCUGAUAUAAGAGAUUGUUCAAUUUACAAUAGAGAGGCUUGUAUAGAAUUUUAACAUGAUUGUUGGUUUGAUUUGGAUAUUGGAUAUUGUACAUAAUUUGAUCCAAAUAAAGGGUCUUGCAAUUUAUUAUUAAAUGAAGAUCUUUGUAUAUUUUCAUUAAAAGAAUCUUGCUUAUGGGAUUCUAAUAUUAAAAUUUGUGUACAAAAUGAAAAAUAGGUUAGUGAUUGUAAAGAAUUAAAUAAAUAUGGAUGCUUAAAUCAAUAAAUUUUAUUAUGUGUUUGGUCAGAUUUAUAUAAAUGUUUGGAGGCUGAUUUUGAUGAAAAUGCUGAUUCUUGUAAAAGUCCUAUAAAAGAAUUUAAAGAAUCCUUUUAAAGGUCUUAUGUAACACAUUACAGCAAAAAAAUAUGUUCAUCAAUUAAGAUUAAUUUAAAUUGUUUUUAAGAUAAUUAUUAUUAAUGCAGAGAAACUAUUGUUACUGAUAUUAUUAAAUGUGAUAGUAAUGGAUUAAAUAGAUUUGGUUGUUUAAAUAGAUCAUCUGGUAAAUGUUAGUAUGUAGAUUAAGAAUAAUUAUGUAAAUACAAUUUAAAUGAUCAAAUAGGAUGUUUAGAUUCGUUAAAUAAAGAAGCUUGUAUCAGUUAAAAACUAACUUGUAAAUUUGAGAAAAAUAUUUGUUCUUCUCUUUUAUUAAAAAAUAUAUCUGAAAUAUUAGAUACAAAUUAAACUUAUUAAUAUUCAAAGAGUGUUUGUAGUUCAUUAGAUAAUGAUCAUUUAGAAAGUUUAAUAUUUAGUGAAGUUUAAAAAAGAUGUCUCUUAGUUUCAUAUAGAUAACCUUUUAUUGAUUAUUGUAAUAAGUUUGUUAUUAAUAAGUAUGCUUGUUUAUAAAAGACAACAUCACCUUGUGAAUACAAUAAUUUAGAUAAAACAUGUUUUGCAACAUCAUAAGUCUUAUUAAAAACACCUUUAAACUGUUUUACUGAAAAAGAUAUAAAUUGGGUAACUUGUAUAUCAUUAUUUUCAAAAUGCAAAUUUAUUAAUAAUAAAUGUUAGGCAAUUAAUUCAAAUGAUAGUUGUGAAUCUCUUUAAAAUUAAAAUGCAAUUGUAAAUGCAUCAAUUUGUGCUACUAGAACAGAUAAAAAAUGCAAAUUAAAUGUUAAUUCUAAUACUUGCGAAGUAAUUCAAGAUAAUUUUUAAUAAUUAAAUAUUUAAUCAUAUGUUUAAUGUUCUACUCCUGGUUUAAAUAAAAUUGGAUGCAUAUUUAUAACUAAAGGUUACCAAUGCAGAUUUUCUAAUAAUUAAUGUAUUUUUGAUUUUGGAUAAGCACUUUGUAAUGAUUUUAUAAAUGAAGAUAAAUGUUAUUCAAUUAAAACUAAGGGACAAUAUUGCAAAUUUGAUGAUAAAGGUUGUCAGUAAAUUGAUAAUUAAUAAGGAGAACUUUUUAAAUGUAAUCAUUCCUUUAAAACCAAUCCUAUUACCUGCUCAAUUAGCUAAGAUAUAGCAUGCUAUUAUGAUAAAUUUAAUAAAAAAUGCAUAGAAUAUUCUGAUAAUUACUAAGAAAAUGUUUCUGUAAACUAAAAUUGGGAUAAUAAAAUUUCUUUUAAUUUCUUAGCAUGCCAAAAAUAUUCGAUAGAUGGUAAGAAAGUUUACUGGAAAAUUUAAGAUGAAUAAUAAUAACCAAUCAAUGAAUGUUAUGAAGUCUAAUAAAUUGAUUUGACAAUGCUAAAGUGCAAUGAUCGAUUAAAUGAGUCUGCUUGUAUUAAUAUUUAAACACCAUUUUAAUUUUGCAAAUAUGAAAAUUAUUUGUGUUAGUCAGUAAAUCUGGAUAAUUUACGAUAAAAUUCUAAUUGUAAUCAUUUUCAAAAAGUAAAUAGUGGUGCUUUUUGUGAAAUAACAAGUGAUAUUCCUUGUGAAUUUAAUAUUUUUUAAAAAGCUUGCUAAGAAGUUCUACCAGAAUCAAAAAUAGAUUGUGAUUUUACUUAAACUUAUAAGAAAGGAUAUAAUGAAAAAGCUUGUGCCAUGAACCCAACUGAUUGCACUUUUGUUGGAGCAUGUUAUAAAAACAUAGAAUAAUCAGUUGCUUUAUGUUAAGAUGUAAAUUAAAAUAAAAUUAAACUUUGCAAAUAAAUUAUUACAUAAGGUUGUACUUUUUAAUAAAAUAAUUGUAAAGCAUUAAUUAAUAAUGAUUAUAAUUUUAUAAAAUGUGAGGAAGCAAUAAAUGCUUAAGGUUGUAUUUAAAUUUAAACUCCUGGAUAAACUUGCUAUUAUAAUAGCAAAUUUGAGGAAUGUUAAUUCAAAGACUUAAUGAUUGAUUUUAAAGCAAAAUGUCAAGAAAUGAAUUAAAUUAAUUCAUUUAAAUUUUGUGAAUAAACAACUGAUAGACCAUGCAAAUAUAAUUUGCAAAUGAAUAAAUGUGAAAUAGCUACUGAAAAUAAUUAUGAUUGUCUUCGUGGACUAAACAUAUUUGCAUGUUAUAAUUUAACUAAUAAAUUAUAUUAAUGUAAAUUCCUAGACUAUUGUUAUGGACCUAAUAAUAAUAUACUAGAAUGUAAUUCUAAUUCUAUUAAUGAUUGUUGUUUAAUGGCACCAAAUAAAGAAAUUUGUUUGUUUCAAAAAAAAUUUAAAUGUUAAUGGAAUUAAGGAUGCUAGAGUUAUUAAUAAAUUAACUAAAUAGAUUGUAAUUAAAUUAAAAAUGCUUCAGUUAAUGUUUGCUCUUCUACAAAAAAUCAAUUUUGUGUAUUUGAUUCAUAAACUUUUGCUUGUAAAUAAAUAAUUCCCUAAAGUUGUGAUGAAGUUUAAACUUUUGAUUUAUGCAAUAGAAUAACAAAUUUCCCAUGUGUUUGGAAUGAAAUCUAAGAAAUUUGUACUUAUAAAGAGAAAAAUAUCUUCGAUGAGUGCAGAAACAUUUAAAAUUAAAUUGGUAAUCUAAAAGCUUGUACCAUGAUUGAAAAAUUUGGCUAAAAAUGUAUAUUCUUAAAUAACAAAUGCCAAACAUUUUAGCAAAAAGAGGGUUUAAAUAAUUGCACAGAUAAUCUUAAUAUAUUCUCUUGUUUAUAAUAAACAAUUAGUGAAUGCGAAUGGAUUAUAAAAGAAGUAAACAUAAAAAAGAAGAAAUAAGAAAUUCAUUUUGAAAAGGAGCUAAUUGGAGAAUGCCAAUAAUUUAUAGAAUAUGAUUCAAGAGCCUGCAAUAUUUAUCUUAGUUAUAAAUCGUGUAUAAAAAUUCGAAAGAAUGAAGCAUUCUGUGUUUGGUAAAAUAAUUAAUGCUAGAAAUUCUAUAUAUCUAAUUAUAUAAGUAAUGAGAAUAAAGUACUUUAAUUAGUGUAAAAUAUUAAUCCAACUGUUUGCGGAUUAUAUAAUGAUGAAAGAUUAAUUUCUUAUUCUGAAGAAUUGAAUUCUUGCAUUGAAAUAAAAGAUGUUAGCAUCUUGUCAUGUGCUACUUCAAAAUUUGGUUUAAAUUUUUAAUCUUGUAUAAAUAUUUAAAAUGAAUUAUGUAAGUGGAAUAAUAUCGAGAAAUUGUGUGAAUUAAUCAAAAAAGAAGGUACAAAUUUUAAAAUAUCUUGUAAUUUAUCUGGUCUUAGCUCAAAGGCUUGUACAUUAAUUGAAGUAGAUGAAAGUUGUGGAUUUAUUGGUAAUGGUUGUGGCAAAGUUGAUAGAAAUGUUAAUUGCAAACAUUUAGGAUUAAACAAAUUUGGUUGCUUAAAAAUUACAAAUUAUCCAUGUGCUUGGAUUAAGAAUGA